UUAAACCGCGCACUGAUCCGCAGUCAGUCCUUCAGCUGAUCUCUAUAAUUCAAUCGCAUAGUGCGCUGUCCUCGGCACAGAGAGGGAUUCGAGAGGACGUGUUAACGUGUGCAAUAUCCAUUUUGUACAUUUGCCGGUGUUGUCAAUUCGGUUGGGGCUACUGGGUUAUAAACACGUCAUUUAAUAACCGUUAGCCUUUCAAGGCUAAAUCAGAAGGCAUCCUGGACGAAACGGGUGCACCGAAGAUCCCUACGCAGCAUGGAUUCUAUAUAACUCCGGUAAAAUGUAAUGAGGAGAUGGCUCCGGGAGAGAAAGAUCAUCAGGGUACCAACCGUAUAGUGUUGGUCAAGAAAAUUAUCAUGAAAGAUGGGCCCACGCCGGGCCAGGGUAUUGGCAGACCCAGUGUUUCCCAUGCUGUGGUGGUCAUCUUCCUGGAGUUCUUUGCCUGGGGUCUCCUUACCACUCCAAUGCUGACAGUUUUACAUGAAACUUUUCCACAGCACACGUUUCUGAUGAAUGGUCUCAUUCAAGGGGUGAAGGGUCUUCUGUCCUUCAUGAGCGCCCCUCUGAUUGGUGCCUUGUCAGACGUGUGGGGCAGACGGUCCUUCCUAUUGGUCACUGUGUUCUUCACCUGCGCCCCCAUCCCGCUUAUGAGACUCAGUCCAUGGUGGUACUUUGCAGCGAUUUCCAUGUCAGGGGCUUUCUCUGUCACCUUCUCUGUCAUCUUCGCUUAUGUCGCUGAUGUCACGGAGGAGCAUGAGAGAAGCACAGCAUACGGAUUGGUAUCGGCUACGUUCGCUGCCAGCCUGGUGACGAGUCCAGCCAUCGGGGCGUACCUGUCCGCGUGUUACGGUGACAACCUGGUGGUGUUGGUGGCUACACUGGUUGCUCUGGCAGACAUCUGUUUCAUCCUGCUGGCCGUGCCAGAGUCCCUCCCGGAGAAGAUGAGGCUCAACACCUGGGGUGCACCCAUCACCUGGGAGCAGGCCGACCCCUUCCAGUCGAUGAGGAAAGUGGGAAAGGAUCCCACGGUUCUUCUCAUCUGUAUAACAGUGUUCCUGUCCUACCUACCUGAAGCUGGCCAAUACUCCAGCUUUUUUCUCUACCUUAGACAGGUCAUUAACUUUUCAUCGGCAACGAUUGCAGUGUUCAUCGGGGUGGUUGGAAUCCUCUCCAUCAUAGCCCAGACACUUAUCCUGACAGUCUUGAUGAGAACGAUCGGAAACAAGAACACAGUUCUACUGGGGCUGGGCUUCCAGAUUCUACAGCUGGCCUGGUACGGUUUUGGGUCAGAACCAUGGAUGAUGUGGGCUGCGGGUGCAGUAGCAGCCAUGUCGAGUAUCACCUUUCCUGCAGUGAGCGCCCUGGUGUCUCACAGCGCAGACCCAGAUAAGCAGGGUCUGGUGCAAGGAAUGAUCACUGGUAUCCGGGGCCUGUGUAACGGUCUGGGCCCAGCGCUGUAUGGCCUUAUCUUCUUCAUGUUCAACGUUGAGCUAAACACCAUUGACCCCAUCCAGGGAGAAUACCCCAUCGACCCUAUACCUAUAAACCCACCGGCUGAGAAAUCCCUGAUUCCCGGCCCUCCCUUCCUCCUGGGCUCGUGCACGGUUGUCGUGGCGUUCCUGGUAGCCUUGUUUAUCCCCGAACACACUGAGCCUCCAGUUGUGACCUGCGCCGAUACCAAGGAAACCUCCACGCUAGCCGGCGUCCACAUCAACACCCCGUUACCGGGCAGCGACGAGGACACGCCGGUGCCGACCAGCGAUGAGGACUUUGAGCCCCUGCUGCAGGACAGCGUCGUGUGACUGAGGGAGGGCAGCAGGCGGCUUUGGUAUUGUUACACCCAGCAAUGGGAACUACCCCAACACGCCAAUUAUGUAGCCUAUCUAUCCCCAAUGGAGGAGGAGGAGAGAGAGAAAGGGGGCAUAGGGAUGAGACAGGGGCCUAGCUAACCUAACUCAAUCUUGUGUGCAACUCUGCACAGCACAACCAACCAUUAAUUCCCUGGUCUACGUCCCUGUCUCCACCCUUACCCCAUAGGAACUAGUAUGUAUUUAUUUAAGAGGAUUUGAUAUACUGUUUAUGAUGUUGUGAUCUUUUGGGGGAUGGUUACCCCAGUGUUUUUAGUUUUUCACCUAUAGGACUCUGGACCUUGUUUUGCUGUAAGAGUCUGAAAGGAGAGAUAGCGGAGAUAGUGGAUCCAGCGGGCAAACCUGGUUACUGGUUGUAAUCUGGUUGUAAUGAUGCCAUUUCAACCAGCUUUGCCUGCUGGGGAGAUUGAGUGAUUUUUCUUUUUUUUAGCACUAUGUUUAAUGGAGGUAGAAGGGAAAGAGCUUGCUGUGCCCUGCAUUUUAUUGCUUCAACGCAUUUUCAAACUCAGCUGCACAUAAUUUUGAUACAAGAAGGAGAACUGUGCCAGUAGUCAACAACACUUAACAUAUUUACUCUAGAAGACUGUUCAUAGACGAACUCUGUCACUAUGAGCAGCCAUAAGAUUAUGACAAAGUAAAAGGGAUCAGAUAUUAGUCCGAUAUUUCAUGGGAUCUUCUGUUCACAAGCCUUACAACAGCUCACAUUUUUCAGAGAGCACUUAUCAUAUCAUUGUCUUAUAUGGGGUGGGGAGACAUGAGGGAUUAAGAUGGUAGAGUAGUUGGCAUAGGAAGAUAAGAUCUUGAUGUAAUUUACUCCAAGAUCUCAUCUCCUCAUACUUUAUUGUGCAGAGUUUUGGUACUUGAACCACUGCUCCUAGAGAAACUGCUAAAAGUGUUACUGUAUGGUGAGAACAUGGAACUACACUAUGUAGGAUAUUUACUGGAUGUCGCCUCAUGUCAGGAGGCAGAAUUGAGGUGUUAAUGAUGCCAUAAUCGUUGUUCAGCAUUAUGGUUUCAUGCAAUGCCCUGCGGUUUCUGUUCAGUCUGUGAAAUCUUGAUUGUUACUGUAUAAAAAAAGUUUUUUAUCUUGAAGAAUAUAAUUUAUAAGAUGUAUUUAUGAUGUAUUUUAUUGAUAUUAUACAUCAGGGCUGGGGGCAAUUCCAGUCAAUUUAGAAAGUAUUCCAAAUUUUCCUCAUUGAAAAGCAUUGGAAGAGAAUUGGAGUUUGAGUUAGAAUUUCAGUGUGUUUCCUGAAUUGAGCCAACCCUGUUAUCCAUGCUGUAAAAAUAAUAUUGCUAACAUUCUGCAACAUAUUGACCGAAAUGUCUAGGCUACUUUGGUAGUAAAAAUAUUAUAUUCAACUUUGAGUGAGACACAUUUUUACUGGUUUUCUUUUUGUAAUUUUUGGGAGGAUUCUUCAUUGUCUUUUAAGUAUAACCUUACUCUGAAGUAUAUUAUAGGGGUGGAUAUAAGGCGAUGUUUCCUUUUUUUAUUUGGGUGACAAAAUCAUGAAUUUCAAUCACUGUUUUUUUCCUUCAAUAAAUAUGUCCAAGUGUUACUAGCUACCUCAGCUUUCAAAUUCCUUAUUUUGAAGUCUGAUUUUAACAUGGUUUAACCAUCUGCAAAACCAUCGUUAGUUCAAAUAGUUUUCACACCCCAAGAGUCAAACUUAACUAACCCAGGGUUUAUAAAAUAUAAAUGAAGUGAAAGCUAUUUCAUCCGAUCAAAUACAUGAGUUGCGCGUUAUUAUUGUACAUAAUCAUUCUUCUCUUUUCUGUGAGGGUGUCACAAUGUGUAAAUGUCCAUAGUUCAUGUUUUAUAUGUACAUACUGUAUUGAAUUAAAGCUGCAAUUUGUAACUUUUUGGUCUACCUGACCAAAUUCACAUAGAAAUAUGAGUUAUAGAUCUGUCAUUCUCAUUGAAAGCAUCUAAGAAGCUGUAGAUCUGUUCUAUGUGCACUAUUUGUACGCUUCCCAUUCUGUUUCAUUUUUGCAUCUAAGUUUACUUUCGGUUUUGUAUACCAGCUUCAAACAGCUGAAAGUACUAUUUCACAGCAGUUUAGAUGGUACAAUGAUUCUCCACACUAUGCAUUGCUUAUUUUGUCACAUAAACUGAAAUUAGGCGAACUAUUAGAACCAGGAAAUGGCAAAGUGAUUUCUGCAUAUUGCACCUUUAAGGUUAGUAGUCCUGUAUCCCUACAAGUUAGGCUUUUGAAACUAGUAUUUCCCUCCACAUGAAAAACAACGCCAAGUUGUUUUCCCUAAUGUGAAUGAGGAAGUAGUUGUGCACUCUAGACCUAUCUAUCUUAAGAGGCUUAUGCCUGUGUUAAGUUGAGUAUUUACUGAAGGAGAUUCCUGUUUGAUUGCAUGAAUAGUAAAUAGCUGUCCAUGGGACAUCUGGAUUUUGAAAAGAGUAUAAUAUUAGAAAGUUCAAAAAAUGUGUCAUACUUGUAUGCGAACUUUUCAAAGUAUUUAUAUUUCAAACAAAGUGGCCAAUGGGACAGAAAGACACAGCUACACAUGCAGCAUGUCUUCUUGACUAUCCCUGAAAUGAUAUGAUGGACAGCAUAUUAUGUAUACCGUUUUAUUCCAGACAAUUGAUUGGUUUUUGCCUGUGCCCAGACAGUAGAAUGUGUCAGUGCUUCUGCUUUGCCCUUACGGGUUGCCAGUCAUGUCCUUGUUUUCUAUGCUAUGGACCUGCACGCAAUAUUGAAGUGAGCAGGAGAAGGUAAAGCUUUACCAUCUGUCACCUCCAACCCCAAUCCUGUUAUGAAGUAUCUUGACCAAGAAUCCAUAAAUUGAUGUCAGAAGGAAGUUAAUAGUGGGGGUAAGUUGAACCAAAGGGGUUUCUAGCAAACCAUACACAAAUGUAUAAUUUGACCAAAUAUUUAGGAAGAGGACAUAAUUUCAUGGAGUCUGUGAAGGAAAAAACCACAUGGAAAAGGUGAUAAGCAAGCUAGAUCUAAAAAACAGAUUUUCAAGAAGUCAAAGGAAUGUAUUGUUCGAGGGUUUCAUAAUGCUUGUAUCUAAAGCAAAGUAGAUCAUUUUAAGAUUGUUCUAUUCAUCAGUUGGGGUCUCUAUAAGCUUCAAUAUGAGGUCCUAAACCAAGCAUGAAAGUGCAUCCUUGUAGCUGUGUGGGCUAAUAUAGUGAAAACGUUUGCCUUGGGGUAAGUUGAGCCAUUGGUUGAUCCAAUGGUAAGUUGAGCAAAUGUAAUUGUUUUCUUGACAGGUUUAAUGCAAUGCAUUAACAACAGGGCCUGGUCUAUGUUAAUGUAUUUGUUAGGUGUUAAGCCUGUGUUAAAAUAUGCUCCAAACGAUUACUAGACAAAAAAGAGCUAUGGUGAUUGUGUUUAUGUUCGGGAAAUAAACAUAGACUUGGUUUUAAAAAGGUAAUUCAAUAAAGACAUUUGAAACUGGCUUAACACACUGUCCCCGUGGCUCAACCCACCCCAUACCUGGUGUAAAUGGCUCAGUUGGUAGAGCAUGGUGUUUGCAACGCCAGGGUUGUGGGUUCAAUUCCCACAGGGGACCAGUACGGGAAAAAAAUGAAUGAAAUGUAUGCAUUCACUACUGUAGGUCGCUCUGGAUAAGAGCGUCUGCUAAAUGACUAAAAUGUAAAUGUAAAUUGUACCGAGAGACCACAUUGUUUGGACAAGCUAUGUUUUGGAAACUGUAAUGUUUACAUUAAUUCUUAUUAUUUCCAGGGAUACACAACAUCCUAAAAUAUAUGUAGAUAUCUUUGUUAGUUAGAACACUACUGUAUAUUUCCCUUGCCGGAGUGAUGCGGAAUGUAAAGAAAUUCUCAACUUAUCCCGCUCUCCCCUACUUUCAGUCAGAGUGACUGUUGUUGAAUUUCCUCCAGUGUUAUAUUGUACCCAGCCUGUAAGAGUAAAAUUAACUAUGUACAGUAUAUUAGUAUAAUGAAUUCUAUGAUAAAGACUAUUACAUUGUAAUGUAAUGUAUAUGUUAUGGAAAAGUAUCUUGGGAAUGGUUGUAGUACAUAUCUCUAGGACCGCUGUAGUUUUGGAACAGUAUUAGAAUGCUAUUGCCCACAAAUCUAAAAUGCACCCAUUAAGUAUUUUUUGUUGUUUUGUGUGGUGUAAAAUGAUUAGAACAUGACUUUGCUACCAUCACAACACAUCAACUUCAUAGUUUUGUUUGCAGGAUGGUUUCUCACCACGAGACAACACAUUCCACCGUGUGUUCUUUAUGUCUGUAUCUGCACCCAGCAUCUUUACGAAAGGGUUAUAAUACAAAACGUGCCUAACAAGUAAACAUGUUCAUUCAUGAAGAGAAGAAAAAUGACUACAAGUUUGUCCCAUAUGGCACCCUAUACCCUAUAUAGUGCACUACUUUUGACCAGAGCCCUAUGGGCCCUUGUCAAAAAGUAGUGCACUAUAUGGGGAAUAGGGUGCAAUUUGGGCACGGAGCAUAUGUAAAUACUAACGGUGUACAUGGAGUGGAUGUUAUUGCUCAUGAUAGCACAAACAAAUGAGAUGUACAUGGGCUAUGUAUACAGUUUAUGUCUUGUCUUAAAAAAAAUGACGGUUGAAUUAUUAAUAAAAAAAAACAUGACGGAA